AUGGCAAAUGAACAAGAUAUAUUAAGCUUUUGCGAUAUCACAGGUGCUUCUGUUGAAGUAGCUAAUCAAUUCUUGGAGAUAGCUGAUGGUAAUGUUCAAACAGCAGUUACCCUUUUCUUAGAAAAUGGUGGUGCACCUGUCAACACGAGUGCCCAUGAUACUGCGACAUCAAGUAGAGAACCAGAACAUGUUGAAAUAAAUGAAGAUCAAGUCUUGGCUGACGAAGAAUUAGCAAGACGAUUACAAGAAUCUCAGGAAGUUAGAGCACCCAUUGCACCUAAGCGUGACAUUCUUGCGGGAGACGCUGGUUUAUUUGAUCCCAGUAUUGCUUGGUCAAGUAGCAGCAGAGAAAGAAAUGGUAUAAGUCGUCCAUCGAUAUUUAAUCAAGGCGAUUCAACAACAGGAUCUAUUGUGAACGUGUUUGAUAUAACAGAGGAUGAUGAUCACAGCCCUAGGAGUGUUUCACCUUCUGAAACACCUAACAGUUCAAGCCAUUCUAAAGCUAGAAGAUUAGCCGAUUUAUUCAGACCACCAUUUGAUAUCAUGUUUCGUGGCUCUUUUGAGCAAGCUCGAGAGACAGCCAAAGAAAACGACAAGUGGAUAAUGGUUAAUAUACAAAACCCAAGCGAAUUUUCAUGUCAAGUGCUCAACCGUGAUUUAUGGAGUGAUGGAUUUGUCAAAGAUAUAAUUAGGCAAUGGUUUAUUUUUCUUCAAUUUGGACAUGAAAGUCCGGAUGGUAGAAGAUAUUGCACAUAUUAUUCACUAAGAAGAUAUCCUCACAUUGCAAUCAUCGACUCGCGUACUGGCGAAAGAGUAAAAGUUUGGGAAAAGUCAUUGAGUCCGACAGACUUUGUGAUGGAAGUUACCGAAUUUCUUGAGGGUUGUGCAGCAGCCGAGGAAAAGGCAACAAUGAAACGACCCAAAUUAGCCAAAGAAACAAAGGUGAUAUAA